UAAUCGCCACAUGCGGAAAAAAGAAUCGAAGCAUUUGCGUCUGCGCACAACAGCAUAACCUGCAUGAAGGGUGUGUGAUACAGUUCAGGUCCGUUUGAGUGAUCAUGUGGCCUAACCAAGGACCUCCAAUGGGCUAUCCCACUGCACCAGCAGCCCCCAACCCAGCUUUCCCUCCUGGACACAACCCAGCCUAUCCUCCUGGGCAGAACCCACCCUUUCCCCCCGGCCAUAAUCCUCUUUACCCCCCUGGUAUGAAUCCAGCGGUUCCACCUGGUGUCAUGCCUUGCCCAGUGCCAGGACAGCAACCUUACCCCAUGGGUCCUGGUGCCCCUGGUUUCCCUGGAACCAAUAUGUCUGGAGGUUUUCAUCCCGCCCAGUAUCCUCAGCCAGGGGGUUAUCACCCUAUGGUUGCUGGAAUGGCAGGUGCUGGGACUGUGGUGGCUGGGCAUAAAAUGAAUAAGAAGAUGAAGAAGAAGUUGAAGAAAGCCCACAAACACCAUAAACAUGGAAAGCAUUCAUCUAGCAGCAGCAGCAGCAGUGAUUCCGACUAAUGUAACUGACAAGAAAAGAACAUGUAAAGAAACACAAGUGCAACUGCCUGUCAUUGUGUUCUUUGGAAGUUAACAUACGAUGCAUGAGAAAUUAAUGUAAAGGAAAUUAAUUUCCAGAUCAUGUUAUGCAGGGAUGAUAUAUCCAGAUAUUUUCCUUGGCAUUAAAUAUAUUUAUAUCAUUUUCUGUCUUCUGCCUUGUAACAUAAAUACACAGUAUGGUUCCACUAGAUGUUUUGGUUACCUAUUAUUUCACUUUUAUGCUAUUGUUUAUGAUGUUCUGGCCAAUAUGACCU